AUGCCCCUCGAUAAUGUCACCAGCGGUGUGACCGGGCAGCUUCCUGCCGACAAAGUCCAAUCAACAACAAGCGGCGUGGUUAAGAAAAGCGCACCAAAAAAGCUGAACCGAACGACGAAAGACCUAACCGACCCCGUCAUCCCUGGUCAAUUUCCCUCGGACGAUGCUCCCCCAAAAGGCGAGGGCAUCGACAACAAUCUCUCGUUUUCAUCAAUAUGGUCCACCAUCACAACAUGGUUCUCUACACUGUUCCCUCAAGCGUUCGAUUACCUUGAGUCCUGCAUACAGAGUCUCGUCGCCUGGCUCCUCCCUCCGCCCCGUCAAGCUGUGAUGUAUGAAGCUGCAUUGAAGCGGCCGGCCGCAUCAACCUUGAUCGUUUGUCAGAUGAUUUGCUGUGGGAUUCCUCUACUGGUAUUCUUGGCUGGCGUGUUUGUCUUCGCUGCGGUAUCGAUACUGCUCUGGGCUGUUCUGUCGUUGCUCAUUCUUGGUCCGGUGUUGUUGGUCACAAGCAUGAUGGGCAUAUCUCUGUGGGGCUGGGGUUGGAUCCUAUAUGGUUUGGUCAAGUGGGUUGAUCAGCGCUUCUUGGGUGGUAUAAUUGCACGCUUUUGGCUUCGUCAGACGCAAUCGGAGUCAACUGAGGGAGAGGGUCAGUCCGAGGAAGAGAAAAAAGACGAGUAA